GUAAACACCCGUUUCUUCUCUGUUUAAACGGAUCCGUUACAAACCCCUGACUAGUUUUUAGCUCAACGACUUCAACCUCACUCACACCGUCACCGGUUCUCUCAUCCAUCUCUCUGCAGUCCGUCAAUUUAACGCUAACGUCGUCUCUCUCUCUCUCUCUCAGCUCUCGUUCGAAACCCUAAACCUAACCCUAAUUUCCUUUUUCUUCUCACAUGGCCACCGAUGAUUUCCCUCUCAUCGACCCCCACGCGCCCCCUCCUCACGCGCCAACGCGCCACCCUGAUUCCGAAUCCGUUAACGGCGGGGACUACUUUGCUGCAUAUGCAGACUCCGACCAUGAUAAAUCCGGAUCCGGAGCCCCGGCUACACCAUCCUCGAAUCGAAGCCACCAGAUCCAGAACCAGCACCACCACUAUUACUACAACAACAGCAACAGCAAAAGGCAUAAAACAAGCGGCAGUAACGUGGAAUCGGAAUCAAACACUAAUAAUAACGCCACCGAGUACCGCACCGAUUAUCGGAAGGACCGGGAAGAAUGGAGCGACUCAGCAAUAUCGUGCUUGCUGGAGGCGUAUACGGAGAAGUACAACCAGCUGAACAGGGGGAAUUUGAGGGGCAGGGACUGGGAGGAAGUGGCGGAGGCAGUGAGCGAGAGAGGAGGGAGCAAUAACAAGAAGAGCGUAGAGCAGUGUAAGAACAAGAUUGAUAAUUUAAAGAAAAGAUAUAAAGUGGAGUUACAGAGGAUCAAUAAUAGUAGCGGGGGAUAUGGAAGCGGUGGUAGUAGCAGUUGGCAUUGGUUCAAGCAGAUUGAGGCAAUUAUGAGCAAUCCUACAAAUGCUAAGGCUAGUGCGGGUGCAGAAAGUGAAUGUGAUGCAGGAAGUGGUGGAAAUGGUAGUUUGAUGGCUAGACCACUGAAGAGAUAUACACCAAACAGUGUUGCCGUUGCAAACAACAUGAAGGCUAAAUCAGUGCCUAAUUUAAAAUGGCGGAGAGUAGUGUUUAAAAUUAGUGGUUCUGCAUUAGCUGGGAACUGCCAGAACAUUGACCCCAAGGUGGCCAUGCAGAUUGCACGGGAAGUAGCAACAGCUUGUCGCCUUGGGCUGGAGGUAGCAAUUGUUGUUGGGGGUCGUAACUUCUUUUGUGGAGACUCAUGGAUAUCUGCUACUGGCUUGGAGAGAUCUACAGCAUAUCAGAUUGGUAUGAUGGCAACAGUGAUGAAUUCUAUAUUGCUUCAGUCAGCUUUAGAGAAGCUGGGUAUUCAGUCCCGUGUGCAAAGUGCAUUCACAAUGCCAGAGUUAGUCGAACCUUACAAUAGGCAACGAGCUAUCCGACAUCUUGAAAAAGGAAGAGUUGUCAUAUUUGGUGGUGUAGGUGCUGGUGCUGGAAAUCCACUAUUUUCUACCGACACGGCAGCAGCUCUGAGGGCUUCUGAGAUUAAUGCAGAUGCACUCCUUAAAGGCACAAAUGUUGCCGGAAUCUACGAUUGUCACUCUGCUAAUACCAGCAUGAUAGUGGAUCACAUGUCUUUUAGAGAAGUGGUUUCUAGGGGCGUUACCUUCAUGGACAUGAUGGCAAUGACAUACUGUGAAGAAAAUGGAAUUCCUGUUGUAGUCUUUAAUUUGCUGGAGCCUGGGAAUAUUUCAAGGGCAUUAUGCGGAAAUCAAGUUGGCACCUUAAUUGAUCAAACAGGAAGGAUUAGUUAAUGUUAAUGAAGCUCCAGGAUUUCUGACAAACUCGAGAAAUAUUAUUGUCAUGAAAUUAUGGCCGCAAGCUGAUGUGUUCCGAAGAUAUAUGAUAUUGGCGUUCCCAUCGAUUUAAUGUUGAGCUGCAGGCUUUAAUAAACAGAGUAAGAGGGAAAUGCUUGUACUUCGGCUGUGCUUGAUGAUUCGAAUGGUGAAUAAAUACGUUGAAUGCACAAAUGCUUCCUCGGGGCAAUGGGUAAAGAUAUUUCAGGCUUGAAUACCUCAAUUCUGCUUGCAGCUUAUGUUCUUUGUAAAUCGUUUGUGUUCAUAUUUAACAUGUUGCUGAUGACAUCGUCAAUGUGCUUAUGAUGUAGAUAUAAUACAUUUUUUUUUAACAAAUUAAAAGAAGAAAUGUUCUGUAAAGUUGUGAUUCGAGUGAUUUAGAUUUUUAAUGCUUUUGAG